UGUAUAUUCAGUGCUUUCUAAAGCGUGUGCUUUGUACUGAGGCUGGAGACUCUGUCUGGACACUACUGAGGCGCACUACUGAGAGCACACAGCCAUACUUACUAACAGGAUGGGAUUCAGGGUGAGCUUGCUGCUCCUCGCUCUAGCCGUGGUUGUUGUGUUUGGCCAAAAGAAACGCCCUGCUAGUAAAGAAUGGAACUAUCGUGAUGGAUCUGAGAAAGUGAACAUACGAGGUGUGGCGAAUUUGACUCAAGUUCUGGAUGACUGGAGAUUCGAUAUCUUGAACCAAGUGAAGAACCUUCUGCAGAAUGACCACCAGACCUUGCUGCCUGAUUACUCCAGGAUUCAGCCUCUGUCUGAGGCUUUGGAUGACUUGUACAAGGAGUUCAACGCCUUGAAGGCCCACCUUGGCGAGCUGACCGAUAAGUUCACGCCUAUCGAGACCUUCAUUGACGAGCUGAAGACGGAAAAAGCCAAUGCCGCUGCCGCUCCGCCUGUCAUUCCAGUGCGAAGGAGACCCAUCAAGACUCGAACUCCAGCUUCAUGAAGCUGUUGAGCUUCCAGAACUUUCCUUUAGAGCUGCAUCUUGUAACUGCAUGUUGCUGGGAAACAAGUAAUACACAAAAUGCUGAACAAGCCAAAUUGCCCCCAUUUUGUGGUUUCGGGUUGCAACAAUUUGUAAGAAAAUAGCAAAUAUACAGUACAUACACAUCUAGGCUAAUUAUAGAUCUAGAUUCAUAGAUUCAUUGGAUUUGAAAUAUUGAUUAUGCUGUACAUACACACACACACACACACACACACACACACACACACACACACACACACACAAACACACACCUAUCAUUAUAUACAAUUUUUUCUUUCAUCACUGGAUUAAAUGCAUAUGGAUUUGGUGCCAUGACCCACUGUAAUCAGGACAUAUCAUAUCUAGCACAUGAGCUAACAUACUAGGACAUUAUUGUGCAUUUAUAUCUCUUUCUUUCUUUUGGCUCAUGAGCUGAUCUAAGCUAUGAAUAAAAUCUAACAUUUGCAUGUAU